CCCAUAAACAUUUUUCAAUCUUUUCAAACAUGGCGUCUAAAUCAACUUUAGGUAUCAUGCUCACGGUGGCGCUGGUUCUAAUGUGCGCGGGUCUUGCCACCUCCGCCACCCGCUGCCCUGACUGUGGCUCCACACAAGUCCCCUACCCCCUCAGUACCGGACCUAGUUGCGGCGACCAGUCUUACAGGAUCCGGUGCGACGUGAGUGAAGGUGACUUGUACUUCGACAGCCUCAACAACACCUAUCCGAUCUCCUCCAUCUCUCAGGCCACCCAACGUUUCGUUAUCCAACCGCCGACUUUCCUCAACAACAACUCCACCUGCGUGACGGCGGAUAUUUCCUCCCAGGGACUCCAGCUGAACUCCACCUUGCCGUUCAACAUCACAAGCGGCAACACCAUCUUGUACCUUAACUGCUCUGAGUCGCUUUUGAGGUCGCCGUUGAAUUGUACCUCGACAAGCCUUUGUCACACCUACAUAAACAACUCAGCAGAGGCGUCGGCUUGUGGCAGAGCUCCAAUUUGCUGUACGUUUCGGACGGGUGGGUCAUCGACGAUGUACUCGAUCCGGGUGAGAGACGGUGGCUGUCAGGCGUAUAGGAGUUUCCCGAAUUUGGAUUAUUCGUUGCCGGUGAGUCGGUGGCCUGCUGCUGGAGUGGAGAUACAGUGGGUGUCGCCGCCGGAACCCUUAUGUGGGAACCAAGCGGAUUGUGAUAGUAGCUCUACUUGUAUGCCAUCUGGUACUGGUGGUGUUAGUAGAUGUUAUUGUAACAGAGGACUUCAUUGGGACGCCAUUGACGGAGUUUGUGCGUUAGAUGAUACUUGUGAGAACAGAGGGGACUGCGACGACUCCAAGCGGACUGCCCUUAUUGCAGGUUUGACCUCCGGUCUGGGAGCAACCCUUGUGGCAGCGUUAAUCGGACUCCUCCUUUACGGACGCCAUCGCCGCCACAAAGAAGCACAAGCACGCCUUGCACGUGAACGUGAGGAAAUACUAAACGCCGGUUCCGGGAAAAACGCUAAAGUGUUCACCGGCAAAGAAAUCAAAAAAGCCACACACAACUUCUCCAAAGACCGCCUCCUCGGCACCGGAGGAUUCGGCGAAGUAUAUAAAGGCAUUCUAGAAGAUUCCACCGUCGUCGCCGUCAAAUGUGCCAAACUCGGAAACACAAAAGGCACCGAUCAAGUCCUCAACGAGGUCCGAAUCCUCUGUCAAGUUAACCACCGUGGCCUGGUUCGCCUCCUGGGCUGUUGUGUUGAGCUUGAACAGCCAUUACUGGUUUACGAGUACAUCUCAAACGGAACCCUCUUGGAACACUUAAAAGGUCAACACAACGGCGAUUUGACUUGGAACCACCGGCUAAACAUUGCUCGUGACACGGCGGAGGGGCUAGCCUAUCUCCAUUUCUCAGCAGUUACACCGAUCUACCACCGUGAUGUCAAAUCAAGCAACAUCCUGUUAGACGAGAAAUUGAACGCAAAGGUUGCAGAUUUUGGGUUGUCACGGUUGGCUGAAGCGGAUUUGAGUCAUGUCACAACGUGUGCUCAGGGAACUUUAGGGUAUUUGGAUCCUGAGUAUUAUAGAAACUAUCAAUUGACAGAUAAAAGCGAUGUUUAUAGCUUUGGGGUGGUGUUGUUGGAGUUACUAACAUCGCAGAAAGCAAUAGAUUUCAAUAGACCACCAGACGAUGUGAACUUGGCGAUUUAUGUGAAACGGGUUGUUGAAGAGGAGAGGAUGUUGGAUGCGGUUGACCCGAAACUGAAGAGUGGGGCUAGCAAGUUGGAGUUGGAGACGAUGAAAGCAUUAGGGUUUCUUGCGGUGUCGUGCUUAGAGGAACGUCGACAAGAUCGGCCUUCGAUGAAAGAGGUGACGGAGGAGAUCGAGUAUAUCAUUAGCAUUGCCACACAUAAAAGUACGGAAGACCAAUACACUUCAACGGAUACCAAAUAAAUGUUGUAGAACAGUAGAAAUGUAUAGGAAACUAUAAAUAAGGUAUUUGAUAUUACCAUAAGUUCUAUUUUUUGGUUAAGUUUAUCUGGCUUUCUUUUAUUUUUAUUUUUUUGUUAGAAAAUAAAUUAGUAAGGGAACAUCAUUUUUGAACAUGUUUAGUAG